AUGUCUUCCUCGUCACAGGUCACCGAGUCAUGGAUAUCGUCAUUCUGCGGCCUUCUGGGUCACGAAUACUUCGCCGAGGUCCCUGAAGACUUCAUCGAGGACGACUUCAAUCUCACGGGUCUGCAGUCACAGGUGCCUAUGUACAAGGAGGCACUAGAAAUGAUAUUAGAUGUGGAACCGGAAGAUGACGAGGACGAGGAGGACGAAGAAGAAGAGGAUGAAGAGGAUGACGAGAUCCUGGGUGACGAGAGGCCGACUGGAUAUCGGAGGGCAAGCGACCGAAGGCAUCUGAGGAUAGCAUCAGAUCUCAGCGUGAUAGAGAGCUCUGCCGAACUAUUGUAUGGAUUGAUACACCAGCGCUACAUCACAUCUCGGCCCGGCAUUCAGCAAAUGUCGGAGAAAUACGAGAUGCAACACUUCGGCACGUGCCCACGCGUUUACUGCAGUUCGUGCAAGGUCCUGCCAGUCGGGCUCAACGAUACCCCAGGCCAUGAAACGGUCAAACUGUUCUGUCCAUCCUGUCUAGAUGUCUACACACCACCAAAUUCCCGCUUUCAAACUGUUGAUGGGGCCUUCUUCGGAACGACAUUUGGAUCCCUCUUCUUCAUGACCUUCACAGAUCUCGAUAUCGGCGGCUCCCGCACAUCAUCUGCCGGCGCGGCCGACGCCCUUCUCGCCAUUCAAGCCGCAAACGCAGAGGCCAAGGCCCGGAAUUCCUCUACCACACCUGCUAAUGUCACUUCCAUCAACGGCGUUGCGCCGCACAACCUUGCGCCUGGCCUUGGCCCAGGAAAUAUCUACGAACCUCGCAUAUACGGCUUUAGGGUUAGCGAACGAGCAAGGUCAGGACCCCGAAUGAAGUGGCUGAGGAUGCGGCCAGCGGAUAUUACGGACCUAGAUGAGACGAGGAGAUAUUGGGAGGAACAUGGUGCCGAGGAUGUCGACAGGCCAGAUGACGACGAUAUGAAUAUGGUGGAUGUAGCAGCAGAUGGAAAGGGCUUCCAGGUCGAUAGGAGGAAGAGGGUUGUUGGUAGGAGGAGACGAGCGAACGGUUCAGGGAAUGGAGAAGGGAGUCCGAUGGACACUAACGGCGUGGGCGGUGCUGUGUAG